CUCACAGCCACGACUUCACUGACUGAGUGAAGCUCCUUAAAAGAGCGAUUCAAGCGUCGCCAGACACUGCCGAACUCGCCCGCCAUCAAAUUUCCAAUUGCACGCUUGAGGAAGCUGUGGUUUAGUUAGACAUGAACACUAUUUCUCCACGUUCGCAACGUUUCCGAGACUCUGUCCACAACAUCCCGACACCUGGUACAGAAGUGCACCGGCCCAGGCGUUAUGAGCCUAUCGUUUUGAACAUUUACAUCGUUGGAAGCAUUGCUCUGCUUAUGAUAUGUCUGGGCAUUGCACUUGAGAUAGCUCUGCAUAUAUCAGAUAUAUGCAAUGGCUUCUCAGUACCUGAGAAGAAUGUGAUCACCUUCGUAUCAACUUCAUUCCUAACGUCGUUUGUUCCGACCUUGCUGGUAGUCCCACUUGCGUAUUUCUGGGCUGUAGCAGACUGGAUGCUCAGAUGGUACCAGCCAUAUGUCACGCUAUCCGAGGGCAAAGCACCUGCAGCACGCAGUAUUCUACUAGACUAUGUAAGCACUUCUCGCCUAACCACCUUAUACUAUUCCCUCAAGCACCGACAUUGGUUAAUCAAUGUAUCGACACUCACUGCCUUUCUGUCAAACUCCCUAGUAUACAGUAACCUUCAAGAUCCACCAUUCGUUAAUGGCGGAUGGUCUGCUGCUCCAUUCACAGCCCCUGCAGGCUCUAUUCUGAAUGGAACCCUAGCCGUAAACACCACUGCUGUUCAAACGCACGUCAACUGCAUAAACCCAACUUCUUUCACGACUACCAAUCUCACCAGCUCAGAUUUUGUAUUAUCGGCUACCUUUUCGACUACCUGUAACGCCAGUCUCAGUCUUAACCCUAACGAUGGUCCCGACCAAUUCUCUGUGACAGCAGCGUCGACGUGUGCACCCUCGUAUCAGGAUCAAAACUUUCAGCCCGUCAUUUUCUGGUAUUAUCAUUUGUCUGAUAACGGAGACGCACUAGGGACUGCCGUUUUCUGCCAACCGAGUAUUGCCAUUUUUAUAGUCACAACCUCGAUGGAUCUCAAUGAUGGAUCUAUGGGAGACUGUACAAUUGUAGAGCCUUUCGAGUAUACCAAUAACGUUACAGGCAACCCUUUGAACGGCCAAGCAUUCAAUGGGGUCAUGUUUGAUGCGAGCAACAACUCGUACAUUACCGCCAGGAUUCUCGCCAUCAACUCAGGUAUUCCAGGAGCUAUAUAUUCCUUCGCUUCGCAACAACCGGACGGUCCACAAUCCGUAUUCGAUGAUCCUUAUGGAUUCGUCAAUGCCACAAAGAAGGUCUAUACACAAUAUCUUUCCAUUGCCGCGCAAACCAUCUAUUUCCUGCCAGACAAUACGACUAUCUCUGCCCAGCUGACAUCAGAUAUCCCAAGGUUAUUCGUCGAAACUCUACCAGCACACCUACUUUCCGUGUUAUUCAUUUGCAUCGGAAUUUCAUCCCUUAUCGUUCACAUCCUGCACAAGCGCUCUCGCAGAAAUCUUUGGUUGACCAGUCCACCUGGCUCGAUCGCAGCCAUCGUAUCCCUCACAUCACGUUCUGGCUUCGGCGAUCUCCUUCUGCCCUAUGAUGAUGUAUCGCGCAUGAAGAGCAACCUCACCGGUCUCACCUUCCGUCUUGAUAAACGAACGGGUGCCAUAGUCGCGGAAGAAGACUUUGGCGUUGUUAAUACCUCUGACAAUACAGCGCUGUUGGGCGGUAAAAGGGGGUAUGGCGUGAUGGUGGGGGUGGAUAACCUCACUCCGUUGUCGCGCGCAUCCUUCAAGGAAAAGCUUGAACCUGAAAGUCCUUGAUGGAAGGGUUUGCUUUGCAUGCUAUCCUGCCUCCUAUGUGGGCUGGUUUUGAUACGAAUUAUACGCCAUUUACGUGCCAUUUACCGUUAUGUUUGCAUGGACUAUCCUUUAUUUAAUCUGACUAACACCCCUUUCCCCUCCACCCCAUUAAAAACACGUAUGUACUAAUUCGGCAUCAUAACGAUGCUGUGUCCUCGAUCGAGAGUGUGAUCUGGUGACAGACCAAAGUAUUAAUGCAACCUCGUGCCUCGAAAA